GAGGCUGGGAGGGGAUGCUGCAGGUUGCCUGCGAGCUCCGCGCCGCACCAGACAUGUCUAUGCAACAUGGCAGAGAGGGAGGGUGAAAAGCCAAGAGAAAGGGGUAUUGCACCUACUUGCGGCCAGCUUCCUCGCCCUGCCCUUGGAUCGCAUGCUGCCAGUCCCGCGGCCGAUGCUGGCGUGGGCUUGGGGGUUUGCCAAUCAAAGAGGGAGCGCGCAGAAAUUGGGAACUCCUUUAGGGGAUGGCUGUGUCCGAGGACAAGCAGCUGCUGUGUGCCCACUCCACAUCCCCGCUCAGCCGGGCAGGGGAGCACCUAACAUCCCCAGAGCAGGAGGGCAGGGGACUCCCCCAAGCCCCUGCACCCAUCGGGGUGCCCUGUCCGGGCUGUCCCGGGAGGAGCUGAGCCACUCUGUCCCGGCGGAGGCAGGGCCGGGACAGCCGGGGAGCGGCCACGGGCAGCGCGGGGGAUGCGCGGGGCCGGGCCGGGUGCCGGGGCUGCUCUCGGGGUCCUGGCACUGCCCGAGCCCCGGCCUCGCUCGCAAACAUCGCCUUUCCCUGCGGGGCCGCACCGAGCUGUCCCCAGAUCACCCCUCACACCCGCCCCGACCCGCGGCGCCGGGUCACUCGGGAAAAACGCGAACCCCCGUGAACUUGCAAAGUCAAACCGCGCCCCCGGUUGAAGCGGAGACCCCGGCAAAGAGAUGCGCGUCCUUCCCCGUGCCCGGGGAGCCGCUCGCAGCGGGCGGCCGAGCCCCCGCGGGGCCGGGGCGCAGAUGCGGCAUUCCCGGGCGGGCGGCCCUGACCCCGGCCGUGCCCGCCUGCCACCGCCACCUGCCCGCCGGCCCAGCGGCCCCGGAGCCCGGCAGGUGCCGCGCCGCCCGCCCGGGGCUCCGGCAUCGCCCGCUCGGCCCCGCCAGGUUCGCCCCCUUCCCACAAAAGUGCCGGGCAGCCCCCCGGGAAUUCCGUUUCGUUGGUGCGGGGGAGCUCCCCCUCGCCGGCAGCCUCUGCUGCCUCCCCGGGUGGGAAGAGACCGGCGGAGGGGAUGCGGGGUCGAUUUCAGCGGAUCCACGGGCAGAAACAGAGAUUAAAAUUUGGGGAAAUGUUUUUUCAGGACGGAGGGGUGGAAUUAAAUCUGUUUCUAAUACGGGCUGGGAGACCAAAAGCACCCCCUCGUGCACAGGUUUCAGGGCAUUCCCCGUAACAGGAAAUUUUCUCUUCCUUACAUUAUAAUUGAGCAAGCCCCGCAGUCUACUUGGAGAAAAGUUGGAAUUCUUUAUCGAGGUAUUUGUUGUGCUAUUGUCUUUGUGCAGUGAACUUUACAUCGUGUUAUUCAAUCUCAAUCUAUAUUCUCCUAGCUACCAGUAAGAUUAAUUUAAUCAUUGUA